CAUCAUACGGUCAGUCACUAUGUCAACUCUGAGACCGGUAUAGUUUACUCAUUUCUUGUGUUCCGUUAACUGAAACCAUAAUUAUGAAGCGGUCCAUUUUGAUCGUGGCGAUUUUAUUGUCAAUAGCAGCUGCUUAUUAUAUUUAUCUGCCCCUGCCCAGCACUAUAUCAGAGCCAUGGAAACUCAUGUUUAUGGAUUCCAUAUUGCGUGGUGUAAUGCAUCUGAGCUUUUUAGCUCAUGAUCUUGGACUGAGCCGACCUUUUGAUAUUGCAAAGUAUGCUGCAUCAUGGGAUGAAAUAAAGGGUCCACAGUCCAGCCCAGCAAUCCGGGUCACGGACACGUCUUUUGGAGGAGUGCAGGCACAAGUGUUCGAGUCCACAGCAGCAGCAGACCAAGAGCCACGUUUGAAAAGAGGUGUGGUCUAUUUCCAUGGAGGUGGAUGGACACUCGGCAGUGGAAAGAUGCGAACAUAUUAUUUUCAGUGCUGGUCUAUGGCUGAACAGCUGGAUGGAGUUGUAAUAUCAAUUGAGUACACGCUGGCCCCGGAGGCACGUUUCCCAGAUCAGUAUAAUGAAGCCAUUCAGGCCUCGAAACACAUCCUGACAGUCGAGGUGUUGAGUCGGUACUCUAUAGACCCGAAAAGAGUGGCCGUGUCAGGUGACAGCGCCGGUGCCAAUCUAGCCGCUGCUGUGGCGCAACAGAUGGCUUUGGACAACAGCGCUCCUAUUAAGUUCAAAGUUCAGGCCCUUCUCUACCCCACGCUUCAGGCCUUAGACUUUAACACCCCCUCGUACCAGCAGAACGGCCACAUUCCCAUCCUGCACCGUCCUCUCAUGGCUCGCUUUUGGCUGGAGUACCUCAACGGGGAUCCAAAUCUUGUUACGUCUUUGCUGGCAAACAACCAUGCAACUCCAGCUCCAAGCCAGGAGAUAGUAGCGGCCAAAGUCAAGACCAACUGGACGAAGCUUCUUCCGGUGGCCUUUCAGAAAAACUAUAAACCCAUAGUUCCGCUUCACGGCGACCCAAAGCUCCUGGAGAAGCUGCCAGGCCUCCUGGAUGUGAGAGCGGCACCUUUACUAGCCGAAACGAAAGUGCUGAAGGCCGUGCCACCCGCUUACAUCAUGACCUGUGAACAUGACGUACUAAGAGACGACGGGCUCAUGUACGCCACACGACUGAAAGAGGCCGGAGUGGAUGUCACCGUCGAUCACUAUGAAGAUGGGUUUCAUGGAUGCCUUAGUUUCGCUUUUGGCCCCUUUCGGUUUUCUGUAGGGUUUCGAAGUUUUAGAAACUACACACACUGGCUUAAAGAAAACCUCUAGUAGAUUUUGAUUUCAAAUAUUCACCACUAAUGGUUUUUAGACUUAAAAUGCUACGCAACAUGUCAAUGCAAUAGAUUACGAAUGGGGAGAAAAGCACACUGAUCAGGCACAAAACUACUGAAACAGUGUUUCAGUAACAGUACACAAUUGUUUUAGUAGCAGUGGUCUUGUAGUACACAUGAUGCCACAUAAUACAGGAUAAUCCAGAUUAUACAAAGGUUUUUUGAGGUUUUUUGAACGUGAAUCCUUCUCUGUUAAUUCUUAAGUCUCAUAGAAAUUGUUUUUUUCUGAUUAAAUAAUAGUGAUUACUGUAAUACUGAAAAUGUCCAAAAAAAAAGAAAUAUAAAUAUAAAAAAAGAAAAUAUAUAUUUAUAAAAGUAUUAAAAAUGACCAGUUAGAAUGUAAUUUUGUAUGAAUAUACAAGUUUAUGGUGUUUAUAAAUUAAUCCGAAGAGAAUGACCCAAAAAAUAAAAAAUAUAUAUAAAUUUUUAUUAAAACUAUAAUCCUAUAUAUAAGAAUUGAAGUCAAAAGCUUGCAAAAUGUUAAUUAUUUUAUCAACAUAAGAGGGAUCAUACAAAAUGCAUGUUAUUUUUAUGUAGUACUUACCUGAAUAACAGUUUUUCACAUAAAAGAUGUUUACAUAUA